AUGAGAGUCAGUAUUUUAAAAUAUGUUCAUCUUUCAAUUGUUAUUUGUUCUUUUGAAUAUGCCAAAAAUGAAUUACGCUAUGUAAAUGAAAGAAGCAUAUACCUUGAAAGGAAUGUAAUAAACUUUAGAAAUAAUAGGAUAUUAGCAGAUGCAGAUAACCAAUUUGAUGUAAAUGAAUUUUAUAAAUCAACUUUGAGUCUUGCAAGUCAACUUAGUGAUUGUAUUGAAGAUAACAAAGAAAUAAAACACCUUCGAAAUAUUAUAGAUUCACAUUUAAAUAAGCAUAAAGAAAGUAACAUAUCACUUGAUUUAAAAAAUAUAGAUAGUAAGACAAUAGAAUUAAUUAAUGAAUUACGAAAAGAAUUAGAAGAAUUAAAAAAACAGGUUGCUAAUAUAAUGAAUAAUGAAUUAGCAAUACAGCCGAUAAAUGAUAAAAUAAUAGUAAACAAAGAUGAAAAUAGUUCUGUAUCAGAACAAGAAGACUUUAAACAAUUGGAAAAUUCUGAAAAUAACGAAAUUGAACCAAGUAAUCGUUAUAUGAAAUUCAAAUCUAAUAUAAAAUUAAAAAAAGAAGUAAUCAAACCCAUCGUGUCGUGUUUGGGAUUUAUAAUACUUCUUUUUUUGCUACUACCAGGGCCGUUGUGCUUAAUAAUACUAUUUAUACCAUCCGUGCUUGGCAUAUGUUUGUUAUUUUUGAAAUUUAAUAAACAUUCCACUAAAUUAAGAAAAAUAUUAAAAUAA